AUGUUUUCAUCGCUCGAGAAACGCGGCGGCCCCUAUGCCUCGACAGCCGCUGGUCUAGGGGGCCUUCCCAGCAAUAUUCCCGAUACCCCUAUUUGCGCAGUCUUCAUGGCUCUUUACAUUUGUUUCGCGGUGGCCAACAUGACGAUCUUGCAGAAGAACAACAGAAGAAGCCAUAAAUUUGUCUUGUCAGGGAUGAUGUUUGGUUUUUGUAUGGCUCGGAUCACAACUCUCAUCCUGCGCAUUGUCUGGGCCAAUCGCCAACACAACGUCCGCGUUGGAAUCGCCGCAAACAUCCUCGUCAAUGCCGGUAUUCUGCUAGUCUACAUCAUCAACCUGAUCCUCGCCCAACGUAUACUCCGUGCCAAACAGCCUCGCAUUGGAUGGCACCCGAUCCCGCGCACCGGUAGCAAGGUCUUCUACUAUUUGAUACCUGGUGCUCUCAUCAUGGUCAUCACGGCUACGGUGAUUUCGAUGUACACGCUCAACCCAACGGUCCAAACCCGCUGCCGCGAUGUGCAACUGGCCGCGAUUACCUACUUGCUCGUCUUCACCUGCCUCCCACUACUCCAUGUCAUUCCGGCCGUUGCCUUGCCACGGUCCAAAGAUGAAGAGACAUUUGGGGAAGGCAGCAUGAACGCAAAAGUGAUCAUCAUUACCCUCUCCAGCUGCAUGUGUAUCUUGAUCUCAGGCUUCAAGGCUGGUACGACGUGGAGUCCACCGAGACCGGCAUCAAACCCAGCCUGGUACCAUGGCAAGGCCGCCUUUUAUGUUUUCAACUUUAUGCUGGAGAUCCUGAUUCUGUGCCUGUUAACCUUCAGCCGCAUCGAUAAGCGAUUCCACGUUCCCAACGGCUCCACGCAGCCUGGCGACUAUAGCGGUAUGGAAAGGAAAGAGUCCGAGGAGCGGGAGGUUGCCGCUGAGCCCAAGACCCAGGUUUAG